AGAGGAAUAGAAUACAAAUCACGUGUUUCUUAUUUCUCAUAAAAAAUUUAACCAGCUGUUCUCUUGUUCUUCGCCAAAUUCCUUUACAACCUGACAACGGCGUCGUUUCUAUAAUCCUCACUGCAACAUAAACUACCAUACCCCCACCCCCACCCCUUCUCUCUCUUGUCUGCAGCUAUUUGUACACACACAUACACAAAACGUGAGUAGCAAAUCAGUUAGUAGAUUAUUGUUUGUUACAUAUCAUCCGAAAUAUUCGGUGCUUCUAUAUAUGUACUUCAUUACAUUUCCCCUCCAUUUUCUCUCUCUAUAUAUAUCUCUAUCUCCAUCUCACACAGUUUCACCUUUAACUGUGUGUAGCUUCAUUCAAUCAGAAACUAACUGAAAUGAUAUAACUGGCUAUAUAAUCUAUAAUACAAAUAGAUAUAGUGUGUGUAUAUAUACAUAUAUAUGAAUCAAGGAUUGAAGAUGUUAGAUCUUAACGUUCAUUUAACGGUUACUAAUACUAAUUUCGAGACUAAUGAUCGUCAAUCGGAGAUUCAUUCCGCUACUUCUUUUUCCUCCGACGUACUCAACGCCGAUGAUGUGGAGCUCGAAACGCGGUCGUUUUGUAUUGAUAUCAUAAAUGAAGCAGGUGAGUCCAAGCAGAAUUCGCAACUAUCGCCGGUAGGUUUGGUUACUAGGCAGUUUUUUCCGGUUGCCGGUUUUGUGGAGUUGGAGGAUCGGUUGAUAACAUCGCCGCCGUUAGCGAAAUCAUUCAUUGGAACGGAUUGGCUGAAUCUCAAGGUUCCGGAAUUUGCGUCAGUGCCUGUUCAAAACACGCAAGUGGUGCCGCAGAAGGCAAAGAGGAACCGCCGUGGACCGCCGUCUAGAAGCUCACAGUACCGUGGAGUGACGUUUUAUCGUCGGACUGGCCGCUGGGAAUCACAUAUCUGGGAUUGCGGUAAACAACUAUAUCUAGGUGGAUUUGACACAGCUCAUACUGCAGCUAGAGCCUAUGAUCGGGCUGCAAUCAAGUUUCGAGGACCUGAUGCUGAUAUCAAUUUCAAUGUAAGCGACUAUGAGGAAGACAUGAUCCAGAUGAAGAACUUGUCAAAAGAAGAAUUCAUUCAUAUACUGCGUCGACAGAGUAAUGGAUUCUCACGUGGCAGUUCAAAAUACCAAAGAGUAACGCAUCACAAAUGUGGUAGAUGGGAGACUCGCAUGGGUCAGCUCCUUGGGAAAAAGGCUUAUGAUAAAGCUGCCAUUAUAUGUAAUGGAAGGGAAGUUGUCACCAACUUUGAGCCAAGCACUUAUGGAUUGGAUAUGAGUUUCGAAGGAAGGAGUGAAGAAAGUGGUCACAAUCUUGAUCUCAACCUAUGGGUUUCUUCCAUUAUAGAUGGCCCAAAGAGAAAUCAUGUCAACUUUGACAUGGGUUUUACCACUCAUAAAUUGCCAUCUGGGAAAAGACCAAAGGUUGGAGGCUUUGCUCAUGGUUCAGUGGGUGCAGAAUCUUACCAUGACCCAACAGUCGUACCCCAGCACUUUCCAUCCCGGCCUAUUAUGUAUUCCAGUCAUACCACAAAUUAUGAGGAAACGAUGACAGGAAUGGGAUCUUCAAUGGCUGUUCCUUCAGCAGGAGUCUCAAACACAGCAUGGCAAAUGCAGGUGGCUACUGCUGAUCAUGUGGGUGUGUCCAUUCCCAUUGCCUCUACUGCAGCAUCAUCAGGAUUCUCUUCUGUUACCAAGUUUACAGACCACCUUUUUUAGAACACAAACACAGACAAUGACUUCUUUCCGCGAUCCCUUCAAUCCAAUGCCGAGUGGUACUUAUUCCCAAUACCAAACCUACCAAUCUGUCUAAAGUUUGUUCUAUAUACAAGUAGAAGUGUAGAUCUUUAUUUUUCUUUGAUGGUAGCUUGCAUAAACUCUAAUAGUCUAGUAUUCAUUUUAUGCUUCCGUAUACAUCACAUAAAAGUUCCUGGUUCCACUAUAAUACAAUGCAACAUGAGGUCUCAGGUAUUAUUUCCAUCGAAUGCUAUAUGUUUCUUCCUGUAUGUAAACAAAUAUGCAUAUGCUGCAUUUUUUUUUUAGUUCAGUCCAACUUCAGAAUAUAAGUUGAUGUUA